CAUGCUCGGGCCCGGGUCCGGCGGCGGGCAGCGCGCAUGCUCUAGGCCUCGCCUUUCUCGCAGCCCUGGGAUCGGACUCCAGUCUUUCUCUCCCCGAUCAACGGCUCCCGGGCCGGCAGGGCAGCACCUCCCACUCUCUUGUCAAUGGCGUCCGAUACAAGUGAUGCCGAGGAGUUUUACGAUGCAGCAGAGGAUGUCCACUUGGUCCCGUCGCCGGCUGCAUCACCAGCAAAGACCGUUAUCUCCUCAAAGGUUAAAAUGGACAAUGGGGCACAGCGACUUGAUCAAGGUUUUCCAUUUGGUCAUAGUAAUGAAGAUAAAGAUGAGGUUCUUGAGAAGGCAGAAGAAGAGCACCAACAGAAGAGCCAGCUGAAAACUGAAUCUUCAGACACUGGUGAAAAGAACAUUUUAAGAACAGAUCAGGUUGCAGUUUCUGCAUUAGCUGAAGCUGAUCUGCUCAGCAACAUCUCUGGACUUUUAACUAUUGAUCAGCCAUUGUGUGCAAAGCCAAAGGACAUGACAGAGCAAAGCAGCUCAGAUGUAAAGGUUGAGCAAGAAAACCUCCUGUCAGAUACUCUGACAACUCUGCCAUCUUUAGAAACUUUCUCAGUAGUGUCACUGAAUGAUGGGAAUGAAACAUCAACAGAGGUUGUUAGUAGUUUAUGUCUGGAUAAAUGCAGUGAAGACUCUUUUACACCUACACAUCAGCCAUCAGAUAAAGCUGAGGAGGUCAAGAAAGCUGAUAUUUUAGAGCAUGUUUCUGCAGACUCUUUCCCUCUGCAUGACAUGUUCUCACCUGAAGAACUGCAACCUGCAAAACUACCAAGGCAGAUUAACAUAGAACCCGAUAUAGUAGCUAGCACCAAGAAACCCACACCAAUGCGACCUCCGCCACCAGGAUCAAGCAUCCCUCCUCCACGGCCACCACCACCUGCACGGCCUGCUCCUCCUCCUCGAAAGAAGAAAAGUGAAACUGCCUUGGAUGUGCACAGUUCUUUAGGUCUAGAUGUUCCCACAGAUCCUGUUGCGCCUAGUGGACUCGUGAGUCCCAACACUGCUGUAGAAAAUCUAGCCAAAGAACUGCAGCAUUCGUUAGAUCUUGCAAGUGCAACCAGUGGAGACAAAAUUGUUACUGCACAGGAAAAUGGAAAAGGUGCUGGAGAAUCAACAUUUGGCAUUCCUGAAAUGGAGGUAAUAGGACCACAAAGACCAAGAUCAAACUCUGGAAGAGAACUUACAGAUGAGGAAAUUCUAGCAAGUGUGAUGGUAAAGAAUCUCGACACUGGGGAAGAAAUCCCUCUGAAUAUGGCAGAGGAAAAGCUUCCCAAAGGCCUUAACCCACUGACAUUACACAUCAUGCGGCGAACAAAGGAGUACGUGAGUAAUGAUGCUGCACAAUCAGAUGAUGAAGAAAAGAUCCAUACAACACAAACUGAGCAAGAUGGCCACAAAAUCAAACAGAAAACCAAUCAACUGAAGAAAUUUUUGGGUAAAUCAGUGAAAAGAGCUAAGCAUCUUGCUGAAGAGUAUGGUGAAAAAGCUGUCAAUAAAGUUAAGAGUGUCCGAGAUGAAGUGUUCCAUAUGGAUCAAGAUGAUGCUUCUUCCAGUGAUGAUGAGGGGAUGCCUUACACAAGACCUGUUAAGUUUAAAGCAGCCCAUGGCUUCAAAGGGCCUUAUGAUUUCGAUCAGAUUAAAGUGGUUCAAGAUCUGAGUGGAGAACAUAUGGGUGCUGUGUGGACAAUGAAGUUUUCACACUGUGGCCGUUUACUUGCAACAGCUGGUCAAGACAAUGUUGUACGCAUAUGGGUUUUAAAAAAUGCUUGGGACUACUUCAACAACAUGAGAAUGAAAUACAACACUGAAGGUCGUGUGUCACCAUCCCCUUCACAAGAAAGCUUGAGUUCUUCAAAGUCUGACACUGAUACGGCAUACAGUGGAACUGAAGAGUCUGAUCCUGAAGACAAAAAUGCACCAUUUAGGCAACACCCAUUUUGCAAAUACAAGGGGCAUACUGCUGAUCUUCUGGACCUCUCAUGGUCAAAGAACUACUUUUUACUGUCAUCUUCGAUGGACAAGACUGUUCGAUUGUGGCAUAUAUCGAGGAGGGAAUGCCUGUGCUGCUUUCAACAUAUAGAUUUUGUCACUGCUAUAGCUUUUCACCCAAGAGAUGAUAGGUAUUUUUUGAGUGGGUCGCUUGAUGGGAAACUCCGUUUGUGGAACAUUCCUGACAAGAAGGUAGCAUUGUGGAAUGAAAUUGAUGGACAAACAAAACUAAUAACAGCGGCAAACUUCUGCCAAAAUGGCAAAUAUGCAGUAAUCGGCACCUAUGAUGGCAGAUGCAUCUUCUAUGACACAGAGCAUCUGAAGUACCACACGCAGAUACAUGUUCGCUCUACCAGGGGGAGAAACAGAGUGGGGAGAAAAAUCACGGGCAUUGAGCCAUUACCUGGUGAAAAUAAGAUCCUUGUGACCUCCAAUGAUUCAAGAAUUCGCCUGUAUGAUCUUAGAGAUUUGUCCAUUUCUAUGAAAUAUAAAGGCUAUGUUAACAGCAGUAGCCAAAUCAAAGCAAGUUUUAGUCAUGAUUACACUUACCUAAUAAGUGGAUCUGAAGAUAGAUACUUUUACAUUUGGAGCACUUACCAUGAUGUCAGCAAGUUUACUUCAGUGCGAAGAGAUCGUAAUGACUUUUGGGAGGGGAUUAAAGCACAUAAUGCCGUUGUCACUUCAGCAAUUUUUGCGCCAAAUCCAAAUCUGAUGCUGUCUGAUGUCCCACAGUCAGAGAAAGCAGAGGGUGAUGGUGUGGGUAUUGAUACAGAUCAUAUACCUUCUGGUGCAUUGAAAGCAGAUAUCACCGAAGUACUCUUGUCUGCCGAUUUCACUGGAGCGAUCAAAGUUUUCAUCAGUAAAAAGAGGAACUAAUUGCUUUCUGGCAUUGUAUUGAAACUGAAUUCUGAUGUGGCACCUUAUAAUCUGUUGAAAAUACCUGGGCUUUUAAUUACCAUUGGAUUGAAGCAGAAAUCAAAGCAUUGCAAUGGUCAACAAUGUUAUACACUUUAUUAUGAACCUCAGUAUUUAACUUUGAAUUGGUUUGGAUGUUGGAGAACAGCUUUGUCGGCAAACGUGUCGUUUUUUCGCCGGAGUCCGCAGAAGUGAUUGUAAAUAUCUUUACGUAUGUGUCUUAAAGAGCAGAAGACUGGUCCAUUAAGUUCCUCCUUGUCCAAGUACAGUAUAGUAUUGUUUAUGUAUUGAAAUUGUAUAUGUGUACAAGUUCCAGUCUGGGAAUCAGUUAUUAGAUUUUCUGCUUCAAAGAAUGCAAAUUUAUUCCAUAGAUCAUAGUGUGCCUUGUAAGGAGCUGCUUAGAAAAGGUUCUGGUGGAAUUGUGCAAGCAUAUUGCUGGCAAUCUUAAUAUACAAAUAGUGAAAGCUGUAUAAUAAAGUUCUGCUAAGUUGUGGCUGAACUGGUUUAGCAGAAAGUACCAUAUACAUUCAGUUGACUAAAAUUUGGUAUUCCAUUUUAAAAACUGGUGCCAAGUCAAACUAAUCAUUGGCAAGUACAGCUUCAGUUCCAUUUGCUGCAGCCAUAGAAACAGGGAGUCAGGUGGGAUGGGGGGGGUUUAGCAGGCUGCUGUAAAACUCAAAGUGCAUUCUUUUAAGAGUGCAAGGACGCUGAUAAUCCAGCCACAUGCUUUCCUUUAUUUUGUAUGUUCAAUUCUUGUGCUUUCCCUUUUUUUACUCAAUGUACCACCUUACAGAUGUGUCAAAUUUCCUCCUUGUUUUCGCCAAAUGCUAUUUUACUAGAGCUGGGCGGAAUGAGUCUUUGAAUGACCUUUUGCUAUAUUGCAUUGUAUUAAGACCAUUUGAUGUUCAAACUGUGUGUAUAAAAACAUGUCUUGAAUUGAAAUUUUUGUGGUAAAUAGAGAAAAUCUGUAUGUUGCAACACAAGGCUCUCAAAUAGGAAAGCCUGUGUAAAUAAGACUACUCAAUGCCAAUGAAAUAACAUUUCUGGAUCUACGGUGCUAGAAAAUGUUGUCGAUGGUUUUGACGUCUGAAAUAAGCAAAAUGUAUAAAUAAAGGUUGCUCCAAAAAAUAUUCUGGGGUCUUUAAC